UGUGACCCAGAUUUUAAGGUUCGUUUAUUUCCUUGGUUUGGAAUUAAACCUUAAACGUCCUCUUGAAAAUGAGAAUCUAUUUGGAAGUUCUAUUGUUUUUGGCUGUGAUUACAGACUUCAUUAGUUGCUGUUCUCAAGACGGAGUAGAAAAGUUGGUAGAAAAUGCACACGUUUCCUGUUCAUAUUAUGAUAGUUGUACAUCAGAAUGCUACAGAGGAUACAUAUUUUCUAAUGGAGAGAGGAAAACAACAUUUAAAUGUUUAAAUAACAGCUGGACUUCAACAUCUAUGGCUUGUAAACGUGUACCUGUAGUAGCUAUGGAGUACUACACCAUCUGGAGUCUUGAAGUUCCCCCAACGCAUUGCAACAAUAUUUCACAGCGUUUACAGAACUCAAAACAAACACUUGAAGACAAUUUCAUCGACAUCUGCAAAUACUUAAAUAUCGAUGUGAAUGCGACUUUUAAAUUUUCUUUUAAGGCGUUUGAGCUGAAUACAACAUUUCACGCAGAAUACCAAAAUGCAUCUUCAACUUACAACAUAGAUUUAUGCAUUGCGAAUACAAAGAUCUCCUUCUGGGACAUGCCGUAUUUCAGGAACAUGCUUAAUAACAUAACAUGUAACGGAUCAAUAGUAGUUUACAGACCUCAUAUUAAAUUAAUUGUAACCAAGAAAAAAAUGAUUUGUCACCAAAAUACUACUCCACAGAAUGUGACUGGGAGUGAUAUGGAUAAGAAUGGAAGAGAACUGUUUUGUGAAUAUACAUCCAUGACAACUGUAGUCACCGAGUCCACGUCAAACUCAUUAAAUGUUUGUCUUGAAAUACCACAGAUCUUGUUCUUAACUGUACCAGCAGCAGUCAUUUUGAUUCUUGUCACAGCAACAAUUACUGCACUAGUUACCAAAAAAUCAAACUCUACGAAAAUGAUAAAUGUUGAUAUGAACCCUGAUGACGUAAUAAUAAGACAGAUACAACCAACAGACGUAGAAAUGAAAGACAUAAUUUAUAUAAAAAACAGCGGAGGUGAACUGAUAGAAAACGACCUCUACCAAAGAACUAGCGGAGCACAGGACGGUGCUUCUUAUUCCGGAAUCAAUGACGUCAGCACGUCCCACGGAUAUUCUCUCGUUGUCAAAGAUUACAAUGUUGUCAGAAACUCUGCUGUUGUCGGUAACUCUUCCGAUGUCCGAAACUCAGCAGUUGACAGAAAUUCUGCUUUUGUUAGAAACACAACAGAAAUAAGGGAAGGACAUUUACCAUAUACUUCAGAACAUGGAGACACUGAAAACAUUCCAGGGGAUUAUUUAUAUUCUCAAGUGCAGAAAAAAUAAGUGGCUACGAAAUAAAUUAGAAUAGAGAAACAUUUUUCUAAAAGACAGAAAAAUGUCUGCAAAGUUAUAAGAUUGAAAUUAUCUUUAAAACUGUUUACCCUCGUUUUCACUGAAAGUGGGGAUAUUAAUUCUGGUCUGUCUAUCUGUCCGUCUGUCUUUCUGUUUGUUUGUAACACUUUCAUUUCCGCAAGAUAUCUCGAGAACUGUUUAAGCGUUUGCAAUGAAAUUUAAGUUAACAAAUGUCUAUGGUCUAAAGAAGACUUCUAUUGAUUUCUAGGUCAAAAAGUCAAAGAUCAAGUGAAAAUUCAUUCAUUCUUUUGUGGUGUAAAACUCUUUGAAUUUUGAACGAUUUCAAAAGAGGCUUUUGAGCUUCAACAAUUUUUAUAUCAUAGUUUCGUAUGGUCGUCCAAAAGUGUCUGCCAUCCCCUUGCUCCCUUUAAAAUUAAGCAUUUUCUUUUUUCCUUUAGGGUAGGACACAGAUUCUCUGAAAUAGCUUGUUCUGUAGUUCGUGUUUUAUAUGAAAGAAUACAAGUCAUUUACCCAUGUUAAGAAUAAUAUACAUAUUAAUAGAAUCUUACAUUGUUUAUCAAGUACAAUUACCCAAACACCAUUACUCAAAAUCGCAAAGAAAAUUAGGGGUCAGUUUACAUCGUAUUAUUAAUUUGCCAUUUCGUAAUUAAAAAUUGUUACCUUUAGACUAAUCACUUUAACAUGGACCAUACUUUUUUUCAAAUGUAAUCAUAAAUAUAAUGUUAUGUUAGGUGAAAUUAUUUUAGCAAUUCUAUAAGUGAUAAAUCCUGCAAAUUAAUGUGCUUUAAUUGUUUUGAGACAUUUUUUGUAUCUACAAAUAUUAUUUCUUGGAAAUAAAGAAACCAUUAUCUAUUUGAAACAUAAAAGGUAUAAUUACCAAGGCAACAAAGAAAUCCAGACUAAUGUUGUGAGCUGUACACGUUUUCUAUGUACAAAAUGAUCAAAUAAAAAAUACAAUAAGUUGAUUUUUAUAACCAAGUAAAAUAAAA